AUAAUCUUCAUACGGGCAUUGGUGGAAGUAACAGAAAAAUGGCAGCGACAAGUGGGUUUAGCUCCACUGAAUCGCUCAAUACCAGUAUUCAAGAAAUUCCCGACCCCCUGAAGCAGCUCUAUCCAGCAGUAAAUGAAGAAGAAACUCCGCUACCGAGAGCAUGGAGUUCUAAAGACAAAUACAAUUUUAUUGGAUUAUCCCAAAAUAAUUUGCGUGUGCAUUACAAAGGAGUUGGGAAGAACCACAAAGAUGCGGCCAGUGUGAGGGCCACCCACCCCAUCCCCCCAUCCUGUGGAAUCUAUUAUUUUGAAGUCAAAAUCAUCAGCAAAGGAAGAGAUGGAUAUAUGGGGAUAGGCCUCUCUGCACAAGGAGUCAAUAUGAAUAGAUUACCGGGGUGGGAUAAGCAUUCCUAUGGUUACCAUGGAGAUGACGGUCAUUCGUUCUGUUCCUCUGGCACCGGCCAGCCGUAUGGUCCAACAUUUACAACAGGAGAUGUGAUAGGCUGUUGUGUCAACCUCAUAGACAACUCCUGUUUCUACACCAAAAACGGAAUCAAUCUAGGUGUUGCAUUUACAGACUUACCGUCAAAUCUUUACCCCACUGUGGGCCUCCAGACUCCAGGAGAAGUGGUGGAGGCCAACUUUGGACAGACCCCCUUUGUAUUUGACAUAGAAGACUACAUGAAGGAGUGGCACAUGAAGACCAAGUUGACUAUAGAGAGGUUCCCUGUUAACGACAAAAAGGGGGAAUGGCAGACAGCCCUACAACAGAUUGUAUCUACAUAUCUAGUACACCAUGGUUACUGUGGUACAGCGGAGGCAUUCUCACGAUCGACAGGACAGUCCAUAGAGGAGGACAUGUCGUCCAUCAAAAACAGACAAAGAAUACAGAAGUUGGUACUAGCAGGUCGUAUGGGUGAAGCAAUAGAGACCACACAGCAGUUGUAUCCAGGUUUAUUGGAAAGGAACCUCAAUCUAUUGUUUAUGCUCAAAUGUAGACAGUUCAUUGAGAUGGUGAACGGAACGGACACUGAGGUGAGGGGCCCAGCAAUACGCAGCCCCAAAUCACGACAUGGGAGUGGAUCUAACCGUUCCAGUCCCAACAUGAGCCCUGUCCACCACACAAAUUCAUAUUCACAGAAAAACACUCCAGUAGGAUCCCGUGGCAAUAGUCCUAACCGACCUAUAGGUGUCAAGGGUCAUAGUUCAGGUUCAUCUUCACAAACAAGUCAAAACUUACAGGUGUCACAAAGUAACAAUCAGAACAUGGGUGAUUUAAAGACAAUAUCCGAGGAACAAAUGAAUCGGGCGAAUAUAUCAAUGAAUGGAUCAGAGUGUCACAUGAUUGAGGAUGAUGAUGUGGAAAUGAUGGAUGGACUUGUUCCAGAGACUAAAACAUUCACAAACGGAAACUCAGAGGGAGCUUACAUGAAUGGAAAUAAUCACACAUGCAAAUCUGAGGAGAUGGAUGUGGAUGCCCCCUCAGGUAAGCGACAGUUGUGUGGAGGAUCUCAGGCAGCCAUUGAGAAGAUGCUGUUGUUUGGGAGAGAACUGCAGUCCAUGAACCAGAGGCUAAAACGGGAGUACGGGAAAAGUGAGAGCAACAACAAAUCACUACAGAAUGCCUUUAGUUUGUUGGCGUACUCUGAUCCAUGGAACAGUCCAGUAGGAUACCAGCUAGACCCGGUGCAACGAGAAUCAAUCUGUGCUGCCUUAAACAGUGCUAUAUUAGAAUCCCAGGGUCUGCCUAAACAACCUCCCCUAGAACUGGUUAUUGCCCAGUCCACUGAGUGCAUGAAACUUAUGUCCAAAGCCAAGAUUGGGUCCUGUGCAUUUGCCAACCUCUCGGACUACCUUCACUGACAAACAGACAAGCAGGUGCCUGACAAAAUUUCCAAGUUUUGUAGAAGUCAUUAGUUACUGGAUGCAGGCAUGUCAUGUGCCUGACCAUGAACAAUCAUUAUAUGCAACACUUCUCAAAUUCACUGUAGUUUGUUCAUUUUAUGCAUUUUUUGUUUCUUUGAAAGAACAGCACAAAAGUGAAAUUAGGUAAAUUUAGAAGAGAAUGAUUUGAAUACUACCAUGUGAAUUUUUUGUCUGAAUUCUAUUUUUGAUGACCUUGGAAGUUGAAUGUACUGUAUGUGAUGAAAGGAAACCUUUUCAUUGUAUCUUAUCAGCGAUAAAAAAAUUUU